AUGGAUCACAUUCCAAUUCCAAAUUUUCGACAAGACGGUAUAUCGAAAUGGGGGCUCAUAUUUCAUACGGAAGCCAAUCUUAUUUAUGAUGAAGUAUUGGAUCCAGUUAUGCGCAAAAUGGAAGUCGCACGUUUAAUAGCACCUAAAAUAGCAUAUCAAUGGUUUAGUAACUUACUUAGUUCAGCUUGGUGGUCUAAUUUUUGGUUACACGACGCUCUUGCUACUAUGUUCGGAGAAGAAGCUGUUGCUAAGAGCUUCAAUAAUUCGGAAAUUUUGGAUCUCUUCAUAAUUCAGAAUCAAUACGAAUCUCUUCAUCUGGAUUCUCAUUUUAACAUGAAUCCUGUGGAAAUCACUAACUUAUCGGACAUUAAUUCAAUUUUCAGUUUUCCUCGUUACAUGAAAGUAAUAAUUGUUUUACGCAUGUUCCAAAAUGCUAUUACCGAUAAAGUGUUUCGAAAUAAUAUCCAGAUAUAUGUAAGCAGACAGUCGUUCAGUUCAAAUUUCAUGUCUUACAAUUUUUGGUUCAUUAAAGAAGGAUUAGAUGAAGUAUACUACUGUAAUUUACCAUCGCAUGUGUUCUUAACUUGGAUACAGUGCAAACAUUAUCCUGUUGUAAUCUGGGAACAAUACAGACGUUCCGAAGUUGUAAAAAUAAUAUCGCAAAGUUAUAACAAAACGAGUUACGGGGUAUGGGUAACACCCAUAACUUUAAAGGAAAUAUCAUUAUUUUAUGCAGAUUUGAAGACAUGUUUAAAACCAAAUGUUACUUCCAUCCGAUAUCCCACAACUUUUCCUUUAAAUGAACUUUGGAUGGUGAACUUUCAGCAAGCUGGAAAAUUGAUGGAAAAGCCACUGAAGACACUAGGGUAUGAAGAACAUUUGGUGGAAAAUGACUUUGUUAAAUGUUUAAGACAAGAAAUUGUGAAAUGGGCAUGUAUUUUCCAAUUCGAUGAGUGCGAACAAUCAGCUCUUCGUAAAUUACAGCAACAUCUCGGAAAUCCUGAGAAAAAUCCCCUUUUGCCAUGGUGGAAACACUGGACAUAUUGCAAUGGUUUAGCAAUAGCUCAUUCAUUUACGUGGUCGCAUCUAAAAGAUGCAUGGUUCAAAGGACGUAAUCAUACGUUGCUACCAUUCUUAACUUGUUUUAAGUAUGGUUCCGAUACUGCUUCUACAUUACUUUUGGAGUUAUUCAAACAAAAUGAAUAUCAAGAUAUUACGAAUAUUCGUUCAUAUGUAAAUAUUUUCCAUUCAAUUAUUAUGAAACAUUCUAACACAUAUUACAUACUCGAGAAGAUACUUACAUUUUUCGAAAUAAUAAAACCUCAGCAAAUCAACAUAUUAACAGGACUAGUUGAUAUCAUUAACCAUGUGUAUUCUUAUAAAAAUCUUAUGAAGAGCUUCAAUAAUUCUGAAAUUUUGGAUCUCUUCAUAAUUCAGAAUCAAUACGAAUCUCUUCAUCUGGAUUCUCAUUUUAAUAUGAAUCCUGUGGAAAACAUUAGCUUGUCGGACAUUGAUUCAAUUUUAAGUUUUCCUCGUUAUAUGAAAGCAUUAAUUGUUUUACGAAUGUUCCAAAGUGCUAUUACCGAUGAAGUAUUUCGAAAUAAUGUCCAUGUAUAUGUAAGCAGACAGACGUUCAGUUCAAUAAUAUCUUAUAAUUUUUGGUCUAUGAAAGAAGAAUUAGAUGAAGCAUAUAACUGUAAUUUACCAUCGAAUGAGUUCUUAACUUGGAUUAAGUACAAACAUUAUCCUGUUGUAAUCUGGGAACAAUACGUACAUUCCCGAGUUACAAAAAGAAUAUCGCAACGUUAUAAUACAACGAGUUAUGGGAAGUGGCUGAUACCCAUAGAUUUAACGGAAAUAUCAUCAUUAAAUGAAAAUAUGUGGAAAAUAUGUUUAAAACCAAAUAUUGAUUCUUCCGAGUUUCCCAUAAUCACUUCUUUAAAUGAAGUUUGGAUGGUAAACUUUCAGCAAGCAGGAUACUAUCGAGCCAAAUAUGAUUCAGUAACCUGGGGCAUCAUUGCAAAACAUUUAAAUGAUACAGCUGGACAUUAUGAGGAUAUAAGUGUCAUCAACCGUGCUAAAAUCAUCGAUGACGCGUUUCAUUUAAUGAUGAAUCGUCAGCUAAAUGUAUCAGAAUUUUGGAAUCUUACGCAAUUCUUAUCACAAGAGACAAAUUUUUUAGUGUGGUAUCCGAUGAUUAAAGUGUUUGAAUAUACGUCGAUUACAAUUCCACUUUCCAAAGUAGAAAUUAGGUUCAUCGAUAUUAUGGUGAAAUUUAGAACAUUGUUGGAGAAGCCACUGAAGACACUAGGAUAUGAAGAACAUCUGAUAGAAAAUGACUUUACUAAAUGUUUAAGACAAGAAAUUGUGAAAUGGGCAUGUAUUUUCCAAUACGAUGAGUGCGAACAAUCAGCUCUUCGUAAAUUACAGCAACAUCUCGAAAAUCCUGAAAUAAAUCCGUAA